CGAAGAAUUGAUUUGAAAACCAAAACAAAUAGCAUACUUCGGCAAUUAAUGAUUGUAUAAACUGUUUUUAAGAAUUAAGAGGCUUCUAAUAAUGCCCGUAGAAAAUGAUGACGAAUUUUCUUUCAUCAAGCCGCCACCAAUUUUCGAUGAUUUAAAUGAACGUGUAAAGGAUUAUUUACUAAAGCCGGAGAGACUAUCAAUACACCAAUGGGAACGUUCUCAAAAUCAUUGGCAUAGGACUCCAGAUAUAGAUUCCUUGUUCAGAAUUGAUGAGGAUGAUAUUGGCCUAGAUACUACGCUUGAGGUAGUCCGAGAUUUGUUGACAGGUGAAAUAGUAGGUUUAAAGGAAGUUAGUGUACCAUUGGAAGAUGAUGAAGACAGUUUAUCUAUGUCUCGAACACCACUGCCCCCAGGCUUGGCUACAAGAGGGACGAUUACACAAAAUCCAUUCUUACCAGCUGGGUUUGAAGAAGAGUUAGAACAGAUGCUAGAAGAAGCAACUAAAAUAGGAGAAGUUACAGUAAAUCUUGAUAAUGAUGAAGCAGGAAAAUUUUUGGGUGAAGAUAUAUUAUGUACCCCACCUGGUUGUCAAGAAAAUGUAGUCUUUUCAAGUGAUGGAUUCACUUUGAAAGACCAACUAACAGAUGAAAACAAACAAGAAGACAAACUAGAAGACAUUCAAAUCAACAUAAAUUUAGAGGAAGUUGUUAAUAACAACACACACUUAGCAGGUCUUUGGCAAGAUGACGAUGAAACAACUGAUCAAAAGGUACCAAUACCUACAAAAAACAUUGAUAUAGAUGCAGAGGACAGUGAUAAUUUCCUGGAGAGUACGAUUAUCAAACCACCUGUGGUGCUUCCAGAAAUACCAGUGCUGAAUAUUACCAAUGCCUCUGUAAAAUCUGGUGUUACAUCCACAGAAUGGGCAGAAAUGAUUGAUGUUUCCCAGCCAGUACCAGAAUUUAAAGAAAAAAUCAAAGAUUUGGCCCAUGCUUAUCCAUUUGAAUUGGAUAACUUCCAAAAACAGGCAAUUUUAAAACUAGAAGAAGGCCAUCAUGUGUUUGUAGCGGCUCACACUUCUGCCGGUAAGACCGUAGUCGCUGAAUAUGCAAUCGCUAUGUCUAGAAGAAAUUGUACAAGAGCAAUAUACACAUCGCCAAUAAAGGCUCUGUCAAACCAGAAGUACAAUGACUUCAACAAGACAUUCGGUGAAGUUGGUCUAUUGACUGGGGACCUUCAAAUAAACGCGACGGCCUCUUGCCUCGUCAUGACCACCGAGAUUCUCCGUUCUAUGCUCUAUUGCGGCUCUGACGUCACAAGGGAUCUAGAAUUUGUGAUUUUCGAUGAGGUCCACUAUAUCAAUAAUGCUGAGCGGGGCUACGUAUGGGAGGAAGUGUUGAUAUUGCUUCCGGCCCAUGUCACAAUAGUGAUGUUAAGUGCGACUGUACCAAAUACACUCCAGUUCGCGGACUGGGUCGGUCGGACGAAGAAACGAAAGGUCUAUGUAGUGUCCACUCCUAAGCGGCCAGUUCCUUUGUGCCAUUACUUGUAUACGGGAUCCGGUGGAAAGUCAAAGAACGAGAGAUUUCUAGUCGUGGACCAAGAAAGCAAAUUCCAACUGCGGGGAUACAACGAGGCGGUCGCCGCGAAAAAGUCCAGGGAAAAUGAUUACAAGAAAAGCUUUGGACCAAAAGGUGGCAGACAAUUCGGUAACCCGAAAGCCGAACAAACCAUGUGGGUGGCCUUGAUAGACCAUCUGCGGUCUCAUGAUAAGUUGCCCGUCGUAGCCUUCACUUUGUCCAGAAACCGGUGCGACCAUAACGCGGAGAAUCUCAUGUCAGUAGACCUAACAACGGCCAAAGAAAAAGGUCACAUUCGUUCCUUCUUCCAGAAAUGUCUGCAGAGACUGAAAGAACCGGAUAGGAAACUUCCACAGGUAAUCAGACUGCAGCGUGUUCUCGAGAACGGAAUAGGCGUGCAUCACAGCGGCAUAUUACCACUUCUCAAGGAGAUCGUGGAAAUGCUGUUCCAAUCGGGUUAUGUAAAAAUAUUAUUCGCGACCGAGACAUUCGCGAUGGGUGUGAAUAUGCCAGCCCGUACGGUCAUAUUCGACGACGUCACCAAGUUUGACGGCCUCCAGUCAAGGAGCUUGGUUCCUGCGGAGUACAUUCAGAUGGCAGGACGAGCCGGUAGACGAGGUUUGGAUGACACGGGCACAGUGAUAAUUCUAUGCAAGGAUGGCGUACCAGAUCAAAUGACGCUCAAGGAGAUGAUGCUUGGGACGCCUCAAAAGUUGUCUUCGCAGUUUCGACUCACCUAUGCCAUGAUAUUGAGUCUUCUGAGAGUGGCAACAGUGUCCGUUGAGGGUAUGAUGCAGCGUUCGUUCCGAGAACUGCACCAAAUCCUCCAAGCCGAUACCAAUAAGAAACUCCUUCAGAAAGCGGAAUUGGAAUAUUCGGAAAAAUGCAGUUCCCCUCUGACUCCACAUUUGGCCCCAUUGGCCACGUUCUACGACCUCUGUACGGCCUACGUUGAGGUUUUGGGGGAAAUUAUGCCCUUAUUGUUAUCGCAGCCGAAAGUUAGUAAGGAGUUUGUGCCGGGAAGAAUUUUGCUGCUAUCGGCUGGACCCUACAUCAAUCAGCUCGGGAUCUAUUUGAAUGGAAAUGGUCCCCGCCAGACGCCAUACAAGGUGUUAGUGCUAAACACAGUUGAGGAAGACUCGAAUCGAUACAAUUUCGACCGCGACGAGGCUUGGUACCGCAUGUUGAGCUUCUCCUCACUGUACGACCAUAUCGGUACCGAGGAAAGUACAAAAGAGCAUACGAUACUUUGCAUCGCUCCGAAGAACGUAAUCGCCGUCACUCGGACCUGUCUCAAGAUUGAUGGCAAUAUCAUCAUUCAGGAUUGGGAAAAACGACAAAUGCCGAGGUUCAAAGACGCCCCAGUGGGUGCAAGCUGCGCGAGCGCAGUGCAAGAGCUGUCGCGCUUGAGCCACGCGGCUCGUACUAAAGUCACUCCCCUGGAGACUAUCAGCCUCACGCAAGCCCUCAAUAUCUCCACUGGCGAAUUGCUCCACGCGCUCGAUAAGAUGAACAAACUCAAGGCGCAAAUAGAAGCUCAAAAGAAAAGCACAGCCAUCGCGAACUUCAGGAACGAAUUCGCAAUCGUAUACGAAAGGAAGCAAGCGGAACGGAAACGCGAUAAAUACAAACGGCUUUUAUCCUACGAAAGCCUCGCUCUGUACCCGGACUAUCAGAGACGACUUUUGGUCCUUCGGGAGUUGAAUUAUAUCGACGAACACGACAGCGUCAUCUUAAAAGGAAGGGUCGCGUGUUGCAUGGGUACCAACGAGCUGAUUAUAGCCGAAUUGGUCUUCCGUAACGUCUUCACGGAUAAAAAUCCAGCAGAAAUAGCGGCGCUGUUGAGCUGUUUCGUUUUUCAAGCGAAGACCCAUGUCGAACAGGUGCUGACGGAAAAGCUGGAUGAAGCGGUUAAAGCGAUUCAGCAGAUUGAGGACGAUCUGUCGGGUAUUGAGGUUAAAUACGGGGUUUCCCAAUUUGAGGGCCAACAAGAGAGGUUGAACUUCGGUCUCGUGAGGGUUGUAUACGAAUGGGCGUUGGAGAAACCCUUCGCUGAAAUCAUGGAUCUCACGGAUGUACAAGAGGGAAUUAUUGUUAGAUGCAUUCAGCAGUUACACGAGCUUUUAGUAGAUGUAAAAGACGCAGCGGUGGCCAUAGGUGAUCCAAAAUUGCAAGCAAAGAUGAUGGAAGCCUCCACAGCUAUCAAGAGAGAUAUUGUAUUUGCUGCCAGUUUAUAUACGACACAAAAAGAAGCUCUUAAGACAUGAAAAUUGCAUUAUUUUAAGUAAAAGACUCAU